AUGGGUGUGUCACCGUCUUAACUAGACGUUUGUGGAGAGCUUAUUUCUUGGGGUGGUGAGAAUCGGUGUAUGCCAUUCCCAAGAGGUAGUCCGUUCCUUUCUUCUGUCGUCUGUCAGGUAAGUAGUCCAUUUGGAGAAUCAACACGUCCUUUUUCCACCGAGCUCUCCCGUACUACUGGUUCUACCAUAUCUUAUGUAGGAGGAAGAGAAUAGGUGAUUAGUGCCGCCAGGUGUGCUUAACUGCCUCUGAUCCCCUCUACUCACAUGCCAGGUUGGGCAACUAUCAGUGGGCAAAGGAAUUGCCGGGACCGGACCGGAGGGCCGGGUGCCAGACGCAUCGACUUGGUCGUGUCGGGACAGUGCGUCCGCAUUCCCGUUCCUCAAUCCAGCCCUGUGGAUGACAUGGAAAGAGAAUGGUUGUAAUGCAAGAAACCAUCUGGCUAUUCUGUUGUUAUUGUUUCUCUUACCGGCCAUCCACGUGAGGGGAGUGUGGUCAGUAACGAGGGCGAACCUACGCCCGAGUAGGUAGUACCGGAGAUAAUCGAGGGCCCACUUAAUGGCUAGGGCCUCUUUCUCUACGGUAGCAUCUCUCUGUUCCCAGUCACUGAGCUUCCUACUUAUGAAGAGAAUAGGCCUCUCGGCUUCGCCUUCACCCUGAGCCAGGACGGCCCGAGCCCCGUAUCCGAGGCAUCUACCUGCACAAUGAACUCUCGGGAGAAGUCGGGAGCCUGCAGGAUGGGAUCAGAGCACAGGCUAUCUUUUAGUGACUGGAAGGCGUUUUCCAUCUCCUCCUUCCACACUACAUGGUUUGGCAGGUUUUUCUUGAUGAGAUUUGUGAGGGGGGUGGCAAUGGUGGCAUAUCCAGGGAUAAAACGACGAUAAUAUCCCGUUAUUCCCAAGAAGGCUUGGAUGUCCGGCUUCGUCUGGGGCCGAGGCCAGUCCCGAAUAACCCUGGUCUUUUUUGCCCGUGGACGUAUUUGUCCGUUCCCCACGGUGUAUCCCAGUAUUCCGCUUCGGAAAGACCCAGGCAGCAUUUUUUUGGAUUGGCUGUUAGCCCUGUAGCCUCCAAGUUCACGAGCACUGCCCGCAGUCGCCGGAGGUGGCUAUCCCAGUCCUCGCUGUGGAUGACCACAUCGUCUAUGUACGCCACAGCGUACUCUUGAUGGGGCCGUAAAAUGGCAUCCAUGAGGCGUUGGAAAGUCGCCGCUGCUCCAUGCAGUCUGUAGGGCAUCCUCACAUACUGAACAAGCCCCUCUGGUGUGGCGAAGGCAGUCUUUGGGCGGUCCUCUGGAGCCACCGGCACUUGCCAAUAUCCCUUCGUCAGAUCCAGGGUGGUGAUGAACUUGGCCUUUCCCAAGCGCUCCAAAAGUUCAUCCACGUGGGGCAUGGGAUAUGCGUCGAACAUAGAGAUGGCGUUUAAGACCCUAAAGUCGUUGUUUGGGGGCCAGGACUAUGGGGCUGGACCACUCACUCAUAGAUGGUUCGAUCACCCUCAUCCUCAGCAUCUCACUUACCUCAUUCUUAGCGAUGGCUCGGCGGGCCUUGGGAAUCCGGUAUGGCCGGAUAUGCACCUUUUUGCCUGGCUCGGUGUGGAUAAUGUGAAACAGGACCUCUGUUUGUCCUGGGGAGGAAGAGAAUACCCUGCCGAAUUGCAUAAUCAGCUUGUCUAGCUGUCUCGACUGCUCCGGCAGGAGAUUUCGGCCAUGGCGUACAUGUAGAGGGGCCUCCUUUUUUCCCUCGUCCUCCACUGCCAUCAAAGCCACACCCUCCUCUCUUUCAUGGUACUUCUUCAGCAGGUUGACAUCAUAGAGUUGGUCCUUCUUCCUCCUGUCAGGUUGCUUGAUGCGGUAAUUGACAGGUGAGACCCUCUCCGUUACCUCGUAGGGCCCCCUCCACUGCGCCAGCAAGCGGUGUUUGGCUGUGGGCACGAGUACCAUCACUUUCUCUCCCACGGCGACUUAUCGUAGGCUCGGACUUGAGUCUGUUGCGUCUUCUCCAUAUGCUCCUUUACUAUGGGCCAGAUUGCCGACAGUCGGUCCCGCAUCAGGGUAACAUGUUGGGCAGGGUUGGGCCUCCCAGGUCUCCUUGGCUAAGUCGAGGAUCCAUCGACAUGGUCUGCCGUACAGCAAUUCGAAUGGGGAAAACCCUGUGGACGCCUGUGGUACUUCUCACAGGGCGAACAUUAAGUGGGACAGAAGCAUGUCCCAGUUUUUCCCGUCACUGGACACAAGUCUUCUCAACAAACCGUCUGUCUGUGGGUGAAAUAUGCUUGUGCAUAUCUGUUGAACCUGGUUUAACCGACACAGGUCCUUCAUCAACGGGGACAUUAACAGGGUUCCCUUUUCGGUCAGUAUCGUCUUGGGAAGGCCCACCCGGGAAAACAGCAUGAACAAUUCCUUGGCGAUUCCCUUUGACGACAUGUUGCGAAGGCGUAUGGCCUCUUGGAACUUGGUAGCAUAAUCUACGACAACCAGGAUGUAUUCGUGCAGUCUGGCGGAUAUUCUGAGAAUGUCUACAACUUCAUCAUCAGCAAGCUGUCAAUCUAUCGUAAAUGAAGCACAAGCUGCUACACGCUGUUUAUCAGUGCCCAACAUCACUAGCUAGCUAGUUAGAUAGCUGUUCCAUCUCUGCGUUUGUCAAUCAGUGGUGGAAAAAGUACCCAAUUGUCAUACUUUAGUAAAAUUAAAGAUACCUAAAUAGAAAAUGACUCAAGUAAAAGUGAAAGUCACCCAGUAAAAUACUACUUGACUAACAUUCUAAAAGUACUUGUUUUUAAAUAUACUAAGUGUAUAAAGUAAAUGUAAUUGCUAAAAUAUACUUAAGUAUCAAUAUAUAUAUAUAUAUUUUUUACUGAUUGCCAGGGGCUUUACAAAUGAAGCAUGUGUGUUUAGUGAGUCCGCCAGAUCUGAGGCAGUAUGGAUGGCCAGGGACGUUCUCUUGAUAAGUGCGUGAAUUGGAAAAUGUUCCUGUCCUGCUAAGCAUUCAAAAUGUAACGAAUACUUUUGGGUGUCAGGGAAAAUGUAUGGAGUAAAAAGUAUACUGAACAAAAAUAUAAACGCAACAUGUUAACAGAAAUGUUCCAUACGCACAAAAAGCUUAUUUCUCAAUGUGCACAAAUUUGUUUACAUCCUUGUUAGUGAGCAUUUCUCAUUUGCCAAGAUAAUCCAUCCACCUGACAGGUGUGGCACAUCAGGAAGCUAAACAGCAUGAUCAUCACACAGGUGCACCUUGUGCUGGGGACAAUAAAAGGCCACUCAAAAAUGUUUUGUCACACAACACAAUGCCACACAUGUCGGAAGUUUUGAGGGAGCGUGCAAUUGGCAUGCUGACUGCAGGAAUGUCCACAAGAGCUGUUGCCAGUGAAUGUAAUGUUUAUUUCUCUACCAAAAGCUGCCUCCAUCGUCGUUUUAGAGAAUUUGGCAGUACGUCCAACCAACCCCAGACCACAUGUAACCACUUCAGCCUAGGACCUCCACAUCCAGCUUUUUCACCUGCGGGAUCGUCUUGAGACCAGCCACCCGGACAGCUGAUGAAACUGUGGGUUUUCACAACCAAAUAAUUUCUGUACAAACUUUCAGAAACCGUAUCAGGGAAGCUCAUCUGCGUGCUCGUCGUCCUCACCAGGGUCUUGAAAGGACAGCAGUUCAGAGUCAUAACCGACUUCAGUGGGCAAAUGCUCACCUUCGAUGGCCACUGGCACACUGGAGAAGUGUAUUCUUCAGGAAUGAAUCCUUGUUUCAACUGUACAUGGCAGACAGCGUAUAUGGCGGCGUGUGGGCAAGCGGUUUGCUGACGUCAACGUUGUGAACAGAGUGACCCAUGGUGGCGAAGGGGUUAUGGUAUGGGCAGGCAUGAGCUACGGACAACGAACACAAUUGCAUUUUAUCAAUGGCAAUUUGAAUGCACAGAGAUGCCGUGUCGAGAUCCUGAGGCCCAUUGUCGUGCCAUUCAGCCAAAGCCAUCCCAUCAUGUUUCAGCAUGGUAAUGCACGGCCCCAUGUCACAAGGAUCCGUACACAGCUCCUGGAAGCUGAAAAUGUCCCAGUUCUUCCAUGGCCUGCAUACUCAACAGACAUGUCACCCAUUGAGCAUGUUGAGAUGCUCUGGAUUGACAUGUACGACAGCGUGUUCCAGUUCCCGCCAAUAUCCAGCAACUUCGCACAGCCAUUGAAGAGGAGUGGGACAACAUUCCACAGGCCACAAUCAACAGCCUGAUCAACUCUAUGCGAAGGAGAUGUGUCGCACUGCAUGAGGCAAAUGGUGGUCACACCAGAUACUGACCGUUUUUUUUUUUUUUUUUUAGGUAUCUGUGACCAACAGAUGCAUAUCUGUAUUCCCAGUCAUGUGAAAUCCACAGAUUAGGGCCUAAUGAUUUUAUUUAAAUUGACUGAUUUCCUUACACGUAUGAACUGUAACUCAGUAAAACCUUUGAAAUUGUUGCCUGUUGCAUUUAUAUUUUUGUUCUGUGUACAUUAUUUUCUUUAGGAAUGUAGUGAAGUAAAAAUGAUCAAAGAAAUAUAAAUAGUAAAGUACAGAUACCUCAAAAAACGACUAAAGUAGUACUUUACAGUAUUUAUACUUAAGUACUUUACACCACUGUUGUCAAUGAAGCUAGCUAGUAGUAGCUAGCAGACACAUUGAGCAGACAGACAAUAUUAGCUAAAUCAGCUAUCAAGUCACUGGCGAGUGGCGACUUGUGUGUUUCGGUGACGUUUCGCGUUUACAACUUUCUCACUAUCUAUUACCAGAGUGUGUUUCUGUCUGGCAGUGUUUUAUAUCGAAUCAUGUUACAAAACAAGUUGUGGCGGGACACAAGAUGCUCGUGUACAGGUUUAGAAUUUUUGAAUAUUGACAAGUGGCAGUUGGGAUGCAAGUGCGCAUCGUCUCAAUUCUCAUUAUGACCAAAACAGUGGCAGAUUUGAGUAAUCACUGUCAAACACAUCAAUAGGUGGCAUUACCAUAAAACAAUUGGUGGCCAAGUGUUCUUUCAACAUAACAUUGGCGUUGUAAACAUGUCUUAUGUAAACAUGUCAGAGUCUGAGGCGUUGUGUAAUGGGCAGGUCUGUCUCACUGUCUGGAGGUUCGCUGCUAUGAUUGGAUAGAGUGCAAUCAGCUCAGCUGCAUGACAGUUUUCCCUAGGUGUUACAAUCCAGUGUUAGUGGAUAAGUGGGCAUGAUUGUUAUCCAAACCCAACUCUCAUGUAAAUCGUGAUAUCUUCAGUUACACAAAUCUCAUAAAACUCUGACUUUGGCUCAAUCCCAACAGUUUGCGGUUUGAAAUGUAACAGUCGCAUUUCCUUCACAUGUUUUCUGCAAUUUCUUGGGGAUUGAUGAUUAAUCAGUGGAAGCAAUACAAAAUGAAAACCCCUAUUCUGAACUAAUAUUUAUUCCAAACGUUUUAAGGUCUAUACACAGAUCGGCUACAUAGCUACGCAUCCAUAGGAAUACAGGUAUUUUUAUAGUCUACUACACAAUAAGCAAGAAAAUAGUUCGCUAGUUAUGUUAAUUCAGCUGCAUUGCAUGACAAAUAUCUUCAAUCUCUAACAUUAACGCUACUACAAUAAAGAACAGUGACAAGUGGACGUAUAUUAUUUUUUUUGAACAGCAAGGCAAGUUUACAAAAUUGUUCAUUCAAUUUGCAGUAACAUUAAAUGCUUUAGCUAGAUUCUUUACUUCCACUUGGUUUCACAAGAUGACAGCCUGGUUUUCUGGUUUGCUCAGGAGUUCCUAAAACAUUAAACAAGACAAAUUAUAAUUCAUACAAAUGUGAAACGCCCAUAUAGCAAGCUAAAUGUAUAGCUAGCUGGCCAAUGUUAGCUAGUCAGAUAGCUUGUUAAAUUGUGAUUUUUGUAAAUUAACUUUAUGACAAAAAAAUAUGCAUCAUAAUUUGUCUCUACAGCUAAAAUAUUCCUGUUAACUGUAAAUGUUUUACUUGAUUUGUUAUAAAAUUAUAAUUCCUUACAUUUUGCUUAAAUCCUAGUAAUUUUCUCAUCCGUUAUUCUUCAAGCAACUCUCCAGGGUUGGGUCACAGAGCUUCAUGGGAGUUCUGGGAAACAUUCGAUAGAAAGUCUGCAUCUCGAUUCACUUCGUUUGGAGGGCCAACUAGAGGGAUGAAAAGGCACUACGCAAAGUUGAUUUGGGAUAACACUAUGACUCGAUGGGGCUCAUGGGAUUGCGCAAAAGGGGGGAGGGCUAAAGUGGAGUUAUUGGGAUUGAGCCUUUAUGACCAGAAUUAUUAUACUUACACUUUCUUUGUAAAAAUUGGCACUGGAAUAAAUGUUUCUGACUAAUAUCAAUGUGACAUAGGCCGUUUGCAACCAAAAAAUUGCUACAAUUUACAACUCAGUUGGAGGGUAUCAGCUUGAGCAAAGUGAUGUGUAGAAUCAAUAAAAAUACUAUUCCCUGCCAAAUAAUAGGCUUUGUGCAAUUAAGAUCCACCCACCAAACACACACGCACAACCAGACAUUGAUUGAUUGAUUGAUUGCUUAGGCGCAUGGCACAGGUAGGCUGGUUUCAUACACUCCUUCGUAUUUGUCUUCUCUGCAGAGAUCCGCGAGGCGUUCAAGGUGUUUGACCGUGAUGGGAAUGGCUUUAUCUCCAAGCAGGAGCUAGGCAUGGCCAUGAGGUCCCUGGGAUACAUGCCCAACGAGGUGGAGCUGGAGGUCAUCAUACAGAGACUGGACAUGGAUGGUGAGACACUCACAUCGACAAACAUACGCAGGGCACGCACACAGGCACACACACAGGCACCCACAUAGGCACGCAUACACGCAUUCAUGCUUACACGCAGACACACACACACUAGCAUAACAGAUGUCAUCAACUUCCUGUCUUCAACAGGUGAUGGUCAGGUGGAUUUUGAGGAGUUUGUCACUCUCCUGGGACCCAAGCUGACAGCAGCCGGAAUGCCUGACAAGUUUCAUGGAACCGACUUUGACUCCGUGUUCUGGAAGGUAAAUAAUCAUUACCCGCUUCUCUCCUGCUUAUUACCACUGACAAGCUGAAGCAAAGGCUUCUGGGUGAUCAUGAUGCUUCGCUAUAGCUGUCAUCUGUCUAUCAAAUAAUUUAUCUAUCACGUUUAGAUAAGUCUUUGUGAAGGAUAGGACUAAUAACAACUAACAAUAACUAAUAACAAGAUAACUCAUGCAAAGCAUACUGGGUCCAUAAUAAGUAUAUAGGUUAUAGGUUGAGAGCUUUUGUGAAAGAGCACAGUUAGAAAGAUAUGACAUAAAGAAGCAAACCGGAUGGACAUCAUAGAAAUGAUCGGAGAGGUUGAGGGUAGAGGAAGUUCAGGAGUAAAAACAAACUAAAUAUAAUUAUUGUAAAAUUGACUGUGUCCAUAAAAUGUAUAUAGUAUGUAUAAGCUGGAAGUAGAGGCUGAAGCGUUGUUGUUCAGUAGUUUACUCCAAUUAGGGAAGGGGUGGUGGGGUUGGAAAGUAAUAAAGGGAAAUAUAUAUUUUUUAAAGGAUAUGUACAGUUGAAGUCGGAUGUUUACAUACACCUUAGCCAAAUACAUUUAAACUCAGUUUUUCACAAUUCCUGACAUUUAAUCCUAUUAAAAAAUUCCCUGUCUUAGGUCAGUUAGGAUAACCACUUUAUUUUAAGAAUGUGAAAUGUCAGAAUAAUAGUAGAGAGAAUGAUUUAUUUCAGCUUUUAUUUCUUUCAUCACAUUCCCAGUGGGUCAGAAGUUUACAUACACUCAAUUAGUAUUUGGUAGCAUUGCCUUUAAAUUGUUUAACUUGGGUCAAACGUUUCGGGUAGCCUUCCACAAGCUUCCCACAAUAAGUUGGGUGAAUUUUGGCCCAUUCCUCCUGACAGAGCUGGUGUAACUGAGUCAGGUUUGUAGGCCUCCUUGCUCGCACACGCUUUUUCAUUUCGGCCCACACAUUUUCUAUAGGAUUGAGGUCAGGGCUUUGUGAUGGCCACUCCAAUACCUUAACUUUGUUGUCCUUAAGCCAUUUUGCCACAACUUUGGAAGUAUGCUUGGGGUCAUUGUCCAUUUGGAAGACCCAUUUGCGAGCAAGGUUUAACUUCCUGACUGAUGUCUUGAGAUGUUGCUUCAAUAUAUCCACAUAAUUUUCCUUCCUCAUGAUGCCAUCUAUUUUGUGAAGUGCACCAGACCCUCCUGCAGCAAAGCACCCCCACAGCAUGAUGCUGCCACCCCCGUGCUUCACGGUUGGGAUGGUGUUCUUCGGCUUGCAAGGUACCCCCUUUUUCCUCCAAACAUAAUGAUGGUCAUUAUGGCCAAACAAUUCUAAAUUCAGAGGACAUUUCUUAAAAAAGUACGAUCUUUGUCCCCAUGUGCAGUUGCAAACCGUAGUCUGGCUUUUUUAUGGCGGUUUUGGAGCAGUGGCUUCUUCCUUGCUGAGCGGCCUUUCAGGUUAUGUCGAUAUAGGACUUGUUUUACUGUGGAUGUAGAUACUUUUGUACCUGUUUCCUCCAGCAUCUUUACAAGGUCCUUUGCUGUUGUUCUGGGACUGAUUUGCACUUUUCGCACCAAAGUACGUUCAUAUCUAGGAGACAGAACGCGUCUCCUUCCUGAGCGGUAUGACGGCUGCGUGGUCCCAUGGUGUUUAUACUUGCAUACUAUUGUUUGUACAGAUGAAUGUGGAACCUUCAGGCGUUUGGAAAUUUCUCCCAAGGAUGAACCAGACUUGUGGAGGUCUACCAUUUUUUUUCUGAGGUCUUGGCUGAUUUCUUUUCAUUUUUCCAUGAUGUCACGCAAAGAGGCAGUGAGUUUGAAGGUAUGCUUGAAAUACAUCCACAGGUACACCUCCAAUUGACUCAAAUUAUGUCAAUUAGUCUAUCAGAAGCUUCUAAAGCCAUGACAUCAUUUUCUGGAAUUUUCCAAGCUGUUUAAAAGCACAGUCAACUUAGUGUAUGUAAACUUCUGACCCACUGAAAUUGUGAUACAGUGAAUCAUAAGUGAAAUAAUCUGUCUGUAAACAAUUGUUGCAAAAAUGACUUGUGUCAUGCACAAAGUAGAAGUCCUAACCGACUUGCCAAAACUAUAGUUUGUUAACAAGAAAUUUGUGGAGUGGUUGAAAAACGAGUGUUAAUGACUCCAACCUAAGUGUAUGUAAACUUCCGACUUCAACUGUAUAUAUACAGCUGUGGAAAAAAUUAAGAGACCACUGCCAAUUUUUCUUAAAUCAGCAUCUCUACAUGUAUGACAGCCAUCACAUUCCAGUUUCUGUUGAAUUCCAACACAGGCACACCUCAUUCUACUGAAUUAGGUACUGAUUAGGUGAUCACAUGGACCAAAUCUUAUUUAACGAAGAAAAGUAUAAAAACCACUGCUGUGGUCAUCACUAUCCUCUUGCAAUAGGACCAGCUGGAUGGCAAAAACAGUGCUAAUAGUACCUCAAAAGUAAUAUUAAUCAAAAAAUAAUAAAAUAAAUCUAAUUAAAUCAAAAUAACUAUUGACCAUGCCAAAAGAGUUGAAAAGGAAAGUUUUGAAUGAGGAAAAGAAGGGUUCAAUUCUUGCUUUACUGGCAGAGAACAAAGUCAAGCAGCAGACAUUGGGGACAACAAAGCUACAGACCGGCAGAGGGCGAAAACGACUCUCUACUGACCGGGAUGACCGCCAACUAAUUUGAAUGUCACUCAACAACUGUAGGAUGACAUCAAGUGACCUACAAAAAGAAUGGCAAACGACAGCUGGGGUGAAGUGCACGGCGAGGACGGUUCGAAACAGGCUCCUAGGGGCAGGGCUGAAGUCGUGCAACGCUAGAAAAAAGCCCUUCAUCAAUGAGAAUCAAAGAAGAGCCAGGCUGAGGUUUGCAAAAGACCAUAAGGAUUGGACCGUAGAGGACUGGAGUAAGGUCAUCUUCUCUGAUGAGUCCAAUUUUCAGCUUUGCCCAAUACCUCGUCGUCUAAUGGUUAGACGGAGACCUGGAGAGGCCUACAAGACACAGUGUCUCGCACCCACUGGGAAAUUUGGUAGAGGAUCUGUGAUGAUCUGGGGGUGCUUCAGCAAGGCUGGAAUUGGGCAUGAAUCAAGCCACGUACAAGGUUGUCCUGGAAGAAAAUGUGCUUCCUUUUGCUCUGACAUUGUUCCCCAGGACAAUGCACCAUGCCACACAGCCAGGUCAAUCAAGGUGUGGAUGGAGGACCACCAGAUCAAGACCCUGUCAUGGCCAGCCCAAUCUCCAGACCUGAAACCCAUUGAAAACUUCUGGAAUGUGAUCAAGAGGAAGAUGGAUGGUCACAAGCCAUCAAACAAAGCCGAGGUGCUUGAAUUUUUGCGCCAGGAGUGGCAUAAAGUCACCCAACAUCAAUGUGAAAGCCUGGUGGAGAGCAUGCCAAGACGCAUGAAAGCUGCGAUUGAAAAUCAGGGUUAUUCCACCGAAUAUUGAUUUCUGAACUCUUCCUAAGUUAAAACAUUAUUAUUGUGUUGUUUAAAAAUGAACAUGAACUUAUUUUCAUUGCAUUAUUCGAGGUCUGACAACACUGCAUCUUUUUUGUUAUUUUGACCAGUUGUCAUCUUCUGCAAAUAAAUGCUCAUACUGACAAUUAUUUGGGAGAAAUGUUGUCAGCAGUUUAUAGAAUAAAACAAAUAUGUUAUUUUUACCCAAACACAUACCUAUAAAUAGUAAAACCAGAGAAACUGAUAAUUUUGCAGUGGGUGAUGGGUGAUUGCAGACAAUUAAUAGGACAGUGCCACCCCUUUUAUACACUCGUCUUAUUAUCGAAUGAAGUGAAAUCCAUGUAGAUGUAAUCAGGUGUUGAUUCUAUGACAGUUUCUCAGAUAAUUACCCUCCCAUAUUGAUAGUAAUAGGAGUUACCAAGUAUGUAGAGACAGAUUCAGGCUUCCCUUGUCUAUGCCUAAGCAGUGUGUGUGUGUUCAUUUUAGAACACACACACGUUGUAGUGUGUGUAUGGAAGUGAAUGUUCCCAAGUCAAGACAGUCAUUCAAUAUGUCACACGCAUCAAUGGGCAGUGUUGUGCUGUUCUCUCAGGCUAGAAAGUCCAGGAUCAGCUUACCAUUCCCAAAUCUUAACCAUAUCCAUUGGGGUGAAAAACAUCAAAUCAACCUUGGAACAGUAUAUCCACCGUAGUGACAUCAGUUCCUGUUUGUCUGUGCGUGUGUGCGCGUGUCCAGACUGACAUGCAGAAGCUGACAGUGGAGGAGCUGAAGAGGCUGCUCUACGAUACGUUCUGCGACCACCUAACCAUGAAGGACAUCGAGAACAUCAUCAUGACCGAGGAGAGCCAUAUAGAGAACCCAGGGGCCUGCCAGGUGGAUAUAGACAGUAAGGGACCUUAUAGUUCACACUUUAUAGUAGACACUUUAUAGUUCACACUGCAUAAUACACACUUUAACAUGUGUCUCAGGUGGAUAUAGAUCGUAAGAGACUUCUUGUACACACUAUAAUACACUUUGUGUAUAAUUGUUUUUUUGAGACAGGCAUAUAGAUUAACUGAGAAGGAGUAACAGGUGAGAGAUGUGCAAAGUUGACGUGGUGGGAAAAUGCAUAAGCCGGAGGUAGUUGCAUUAUAUGUAUCUCUUUUCCUCUAAAAUACCUUCCUUAUCCUCUUGCCGCCUUCCCUGUCAAGCAGCUAGUCCAACGCAGCAAGUCAAGCAGACGUGUGUACGCAAGAGCCUGAUAUGUGCAUUCGCCAUCGCUUUCAUCAUCAGCGUCAUGCUUAUCGCAGCCAAUCAGGUGCUGCGGAGCGGCAUGAAGUAG